AAAAUAAAAACUUAAAUAAGUAUAAUCAAAUGAAUGAUAUCUUAACCCUAGGUGAAAUAUUAGUUGUAUAAAUGAUAUAUAUGAAACUGAUCUAUUAAAAAUUACCAUUAUUAAUUGCAAUAAUUAUUAAAUAGUAGUUGUUAUGAUUACCUUAAAUAUAUUGUAGAUGCGCAGUUAUUUUUUAGUAAAAAUGUAACUUUCUUUUUAAUGUGCAUUGCACAAAUUUAUAAGUAACUGUAUCUGUAUUCUGUUGGCUUGUUUGUUUUGAAAUUAGAAAUCUUGCUUUGAAAUUAGAAACACGCGAGACGUGAGAAAAAGAAGAUUUGUAUAUUACUCUAAAAAAAAUUCUAGGCUUAUGAAAGAUUAACCAUAUUCAAUAAAUGGAACCGACACUCAUUAAUGAAUUUGGAGUUGUCAGAACUUUGGAAGACGAUGAUGAAAUUGAUGAUUCGAGCAGUGAUAGUGAAGAAGAAGAAAAAUCUACAUUUUCAUCCAAUUUCACAUUUGAUGAGGACGAUAAUGCUCUAAACAGUAAAUGGAAUGACAUUCAUAAGUAUACCAGGAGGAAACCGAGCACUCUAGAAGAGAAAAUUGCUUUAAUUAGAGCUGAAAAGAGGCAAAAGCGAUUUCAAAAAGAAGAAGAAGAGACAGAGGAAAAUAUUGUUGAAAAAUCAGCAGAGGUAAAUGAGGUUAAUGCUGAAGAACUGGAUGAAGAUGAUGUGGAAGCUACUGAAGAUUUAGCUAUAUCUUCUGAUGAAAAUGAAGAACCCUCAGAUAUUGUUAAAGUCAAGAAGAAGAAAAAGAAAAGGAAGAGUAUGUUUGAAUCUGACAAGGUUAUCGAUAUAGACAGUGAAAUCCUAGGGGAAGAAAUCAAGUAUGAUAAGGGUAUGACUUUUCAGCAAAUGAAUUUGUCUAGGCCAUUACAGAAGGCUAUUACUUCAAUGAAUUUUUUACAUCCCACUCCAAUCCAAGCUGCGACAAUACCAGUGGCUUUGAUGGGAAGAGAUAUUUAUGGUUGUGCAGCAACUGGAACAGGAAAAACUGCUGCUUUUAUGCUUCCUGUUUUAGAGAGGUUAUUAUUCAAACCUAAAGACAAACCAGUGACUAGAGUUUUGGUAGUAUUGCCUACAAGAGAACUUGCAGUUCAAGUUUAUCAAGUUUCAAGGCAAUUGGCACAAUUCACUAAAAUAGAGAUUGUGUUGUCUGCCGGUGGCCUAGAAUUGAAAACUCAAGAAGUAGCUCUAAGACGACUGCCCGACAUAAUAAUUGCUACUCCUGGUCGACUGUUAGAUCAUCUUGAAAACACUCCCACAUUUAGUCUUCAUAAUAUUGAAAUUUUAAUAUUGGAUGAAGCAGAUAGGAUUCUAGAUGAAUAUUUUGCUGAACAAAUGAAGGAAAUCAUAAAACAAUGUUCUUAUAGCAGACAAACAAUGCUGUUUUCUGCCACUCUAAAUGAUGAGGUUAAAGAUUUAGCUGCAUCUGCUUUAAAGAAACCUGUGAAAAUAUUUAUCAACAGUAACACUGAAGUUGCCAUAAAUCUUUAUCAAGAAUUUAUUCGUAUCAGGCCAAACAGAGAAUCCGAAAGGGAAGCUGUUCUAGCUGCUUUGCUUUCUCGAACAUUUCAAGAUCAUGUGAUGGUUUUUGUACAAACAAAAAAGCAAGUGCACCGAUUGUAUAUACUGCUUUCGUUGAUGGGUAUUAAAGCUGCAGAACUGCAUGGAAAUCUUAAUCAACCAGAAAGGUUAGAAUCUCUUAGAAAAUUUAAAGAGGAAGAAGUUGAUGUUUUAGUGGCCACUGAUGUAGCUUCUAGAGGUUUAGAUAUUCCAGGAGUGAAAACUGUCAUUAAUUUUACCUUGCCAUGUACUUUACAACACUAUAUCCAUCGAGUAGGAAGAACUGCAAGAGCUGGAAAGAGUGGAAGGUCAGUUUCAAUGGUUGGCGAGAAAGAACGCAAACUUUUGAAAGAAAUAGUGAAGCAAGCUAAAAACCCUGUUAAGCAUCGGUUAGUUCCGGCUGAUGUCAUUGCCAAAUAUCAAGAAAAAGUGACUUCAUUAGAAGAAGAUCUUUCUAGAGUGAUGAGAGAGGAACGUGAAGAUAAAGAAAUGAAAUCCAUCGAAAAAAAUGUAAAAAGGGCUGAGAAAUUUGUGUCUGGGAAAAAUGAGAAUGAGUCUAAAAGAUCUUGGUUUCAAACACCUGCUGAAAAAAGAAAAGAAAAAAUUGCAUUAAGGCUUGGCAAUCCAAAAAGCAAAAAGAAAAAAGGAGGAGAUAUACCAUCAACUGAAGAUCGUAUAUCUGUGGAACUUCAGAAAGCUGCCCAGUUUCAGGCAAGACAGGCCAAGAGAUCCCAAAAGCCCCAAAGGACAAGGGCGAUUUCUGAGGAUGAACCCAAGCAUAAAAAGCGGAGAAUGCAACGCAAUUUUGACAAAGAAUUAGGUGACACCAGUAGAACUACACUCAAAGGAUUUAGAUAUGAGGCCACACAUCAUGAGAAAAUGGAAAAAAUGAAGAAAAUGAAACUCAAAAAGAAACCAAAUAAGAAGUUUAAAUCAAAAACUAGGUAUCGUAGGAAGAAAUGAAGUGCAAAUAUGUCUUUUAUGUUUUGAAUAAAAGUUUUUAUUUAUUUAAA